AUGAUACUAUCUGAGGUUUUUGGCCACGUUCAUCAGUAUAGUGAGCACGUGGAUCACAUGGUAGCAGGCUUUCUCGAUGCCAUAGCCAAAGUACGCCAAUUUAAAUUUCAUAACGAUGACGAUUUAUAUGACCGACUAUCCAGACGAUUUUCUGUCGUUUUACUGAUGUUAUUUACUGUUGUCGUAUCUACCAAACAAUAUGUUGGCGAUCCGAUUGCUUGUUUUGCUCCUGCACAGUUUACCGGUUCUCAUGUUGAAUAUGCCAAUUAUAUCUGUUGGAUAUCCAAUACUUAUUAUGUUCCUUUCGAGAGCACAUUGCCAUCAAGGCAUGACGAACGUCCAAAACAUAUCGCUUACUAUCAAUGGAUCCCAUUUAUUCUACUUCUCAUGUCAGUGCUCUUCUACAUUCCCUCUGUUCUAUGGCAUGCACUUGCCACAAAGACAGGUUUCGAUAUAGCUAAUCUUGUAAAAACACUACACAGUAUGGAACAGUUAAAUCCCGAUAUCAGAGAUCGUACACUCAGAUAUAUUGCUAAACAUAUUGAUCGUGCUCUUGAAAUACAACGUGAAAUGGGCACAGGAUUUUUUUCCCAAUUUAAACGUCUUAUGCGUCGGCAUUGUCCAGUUUUUAUUAUCGGUCGUGCUCAAGGCAAUUAUCUAACGUUUGUCUAUUUAUUUGUCAAAUUAUUGUAUAUAGCCAAUGUUAUUGGACAAUUAUUUCUAUUGAAUAUCUUUAUGGGUUCAAAUUAUCAUGGUUAUGGUAUUGAAGUAUUAAGAAAUCUGUUGUCAGGUCGUGAAUGUUGCCGUUCAGCACGAUUUCCUCGAGUAACAAUGUGUGACUUCGAAAUUCGUACUAUGGCAGAUCAUAUACAUAAACAUACUAUACAGUGCGUGCUUCCCGUGAAUUUAUUUAAUGAAAAAAUCUUCAUAUUCAUAUGGUUUUGGCUUGUCAUUGUUUCUAUUUUAUCUUCAUACGGUUUUAUAAUGUGUGUAUGGCAACAAAUCUUACCAUUUAAUCGUGAACAUUUUCUAAAAAAAUAUCUUAAAAUAAUGAAUCGUAUAACACGUGAAACAUUUGAUAGAAAAUUAUUUAAUACAUUUUCAAGCAAAUACCUAAGACACGAUGGUGUACUUGUCCUGCGUCUUGUUGCAAUGAAUACAAACGAUGUUGUUAUGGGCGAAAUAAUGGUUGCAUUAUGGGAUGCUUUCAAACGAGCACAAGAUACUGAUGGUGUUGGAUUAGCUGGCCAUUGUGGAUGUUGCCCAUUUAUUGGUGGUAGCUGUAUUCAUUUUGAUACUGUUGAUGGAAUUGAUGUAUCGUGGCAUAUACCAAAACCAAUGCACGAUAAAAACCAUACACGUAUUUGUCGUACAAGAAACGGAACAUUUCGAUUAUUCCCUCAAUGUGCAACAAAACAGAUUUGCUUUCUAUCAACACCAUCUAGAAUUUACACUCCUAGUUGCAAUACACAAAUGGCUGUAGCAGGUCCAUGUAAAAAAGCAAUAAAACUUUUCACUUAUGAUGCAAAACAACGUCAAUGUAUUCCAUUUAUGUACUCAGGUUGUGGUGGAACAACAAAUCGAUUCUAUCGGCAAGAUAAAUGCGCAGAAUUAUGCAUCAAACGAAUCUAG